AAGGUAAGAGGGGUGAUGUAAGGUAGUUGCCGAAUGAAGCAAUUCUUCCCUGCUCUUUCGCCCCAGAGUUAAGAUAUCAUCCGAAAUACCCAACAUUCACGCUCCAAAGUAGACAGCCAUUGCAAAAAAAACUUCCACAAUCAUGGCUUCAUCAAUGGAAGUAGAAUGCUACCUCCUCUCCUCAAAUCCAGAUGCGCCAAAUAGCCCCCUCCCCAUCAUACACUACAGAAAUGUCCUCCCGGAGCCCCGGAAUGAGGAGUCGGUGACCGAGUUCCUGACCCGGAACCGGUGGGAGAAGAGGGGUACCUGGGGUCACAUUCCCAUCCGCCACUUCCAUCCAAACAGCCACGAGUGCUACGGCAUCUUCAGCGGCUCCUCAACCCUCCUAAUCGGCAAAAUCAACGAAGGCACAGGUCAAGAAAUCUCCGUGUCGACGGGCGACGUCAUAGUCCUCCCUGCGGGCACAGCACAUUCUUGUCUAGAGAGUUCGGAAGAUUAUCGAUAUAUCGGCGUAUACCCCGAGGGGUGUCCAAGAUGGGUAAAUGAAAUGGGCAAAAAGCCAGCCGGCACUUUCAGCCCCGUCAUCAGAGACGUGGGCAUGCCGGAACGGGAUCCGGUCUAUGGAGUAGACGGACCAUUGAUGAGACUCUGGCAUCGAAACGUGCUGGCGAAAUUGUAAAAGGGGGCGAACGAGUUCCGUGAUACACACAAGACUCCAUUCAUUACGAUACGAUGCACAUGAUACACGUCACUCAGAACAAACGUUAAUGUAGCUUACGGAGGGAAUAUUCGUUCAACUGUUUGUGUGUGCGCGCCAUGAUAGUCGGUAUGAUGCUACCUACGCCCUCAUCUAAAUCUCAGCACUCCUUCUAGUCUUGAUGCGUCUUCCCUCAAACAACCUCGUACAAAUACAUAGAUAGGUACCCUAAUGGUACCAAGGGGGGUUCAUCUUCAGCCUCAACCCCUGAUUACAGACGGUACGCAAACCAGAAAUUUGAUAAUACAGCAGAGUAGGGGGUUGUGUACUCGGAAUCUCGGAAAACAAAUUGAACGUUUCGAGGUCAGUCAUCGGCAUCGUCACAAGCUUCAGGUUAAGAUCCGCAUAGAGCGAACAUAACUAAGCGUUAACUCGUGAGGUGUGUGUGUGUGUGUGUGUGUGAUACUGAAGAGAAGCCA